UGAGCAAUCAAAGUGAUUUGGGCUGGCUCGCGCCCUGGCCUGCUGCCGAGGCCGCACCGUCCUCUCCAUCAUCAUCAUCAGCGACGUCGUCGUCACUGGCAGCAGCGCCACCAUCGGACGCGUCUCAUUCGCUGUCAUCCGCUGCCGCACCAGAGCCGCAGCCGCCGUCGCGCUCGCCGUUCGAAGCCAAUCCCUUCGCCACCGACGCGUCGCUCGCUGCUGAUGACGCAGCGACGGCAAUGGCGCCGUGGGAUCCGUUCGGUCUGAGCCCGUCGCCUUCGCACGAUUUCCUGCACCACGACCAAAGCCACGAGCUGAACCAGCAGGGCCACCUCGCGCCGGCCAGCCAGUCGCUUGCGCCCGCGUCUGCUGGCUCAUCGACCUAUGUGUCUGCGGCGUCGUCGCCGGCGCCGGGCGGUGCGAACGCGUCAUCGUCGUCGUUGCCUUCACUUCCGCCAUCCAGCUUAACGUUCGACAACGCUCACCUCGAGCACUUUCCAGCACCCACUGACUUUGCCAGUCGCGUCCCACACGGGACGAACAUCCAAGCGUACUUGGGUGAGAAGCUGCUCGAGCUGUCCGUCACCAACGACCGCUUCGCUUCCAUCCCAGAGGCUGCGUUCCACUUUGGCUUCCAGCGCUUGACGCGUCUCAACCUGUCGAGCAACCACCUUGUGAGUGUUCCCGAUAGUAUUCGCAACUUGGGCUCGCUCGAACGCCUCAAUCUGUCCGACAAUGCCAUCGUCGAGCUGGGCGAGUCGGUUGGCCGAUUGUCCCGGCUGACCCAGCUCAUCAUCAGCGGCAAUCGCCUGCGCAAGCUGCCUGCCGAUAUUUGCUGCUGCACACAGCUUGUCGUCCUCAACGCGUCGGCAAAUCAGCUGUCCGAGCUGCCGCAGCUCUUCUUCACCUUCCUACACAACCUCCAGUCGCUCCAGCUCCAACACAACGCCCUCCAUUCGCUGCCUCAAAACAUCAACAAGCUGGAACAGCUGACGCACCUGGAUUUGUCGGACAACAUGCUGCAGGAUGUGCCAGCAGAGCUUGGCCUCUUGACGCGUUUGCAGUUUGUCUCGGUGGCUCGGAAUGCCAUGACAACCCUGCCGCCCUCGCUCAUCCAGCUCCAGCGUCGGAUAGAAAUGUUGGAUACCUCUGGCAACCCCCUGCAGGGCAAUGACGCGUUCGUUGCUUUUGAUGCGCCCCAAUCUGGAGUGCUGGAGCCAACCGUCGCGAGCCGAAACCAAAACGGGCAAAACGGCGUGCAUCCGCCUUCCACGUCGUCGUCAAGUGCAGCACCGGUUCCCGCCCCCUCCUCCACGCCGCUGGUCUUUGAUGACAACGACAUGGAUCACCUGGGACUGCCUCCGGCUCCCCGCGACGAUGCUCCGCCGUCCAUCAAUGGGCCGCGCGGCGAGCGUGCUCUGCACAUGCGCGUUGUGAGCGCCCACCUCAGUGGCACGAGUUUUCGUCUCUUCCAGCCCCGAGCCUUUGUCGAAGUUACUCUGCACAAUCCGUCUGCGGGCCCUCAAAAGCAGACCACCUCCGUUGCGUCGCAGGGCUUGAAGCCGGUCUGGAACAGUGAUUUUGUGUUUACCGUGUCUGACAGCACCACUGUCACCUUUGUCGUGCAAAACAAGAUGCUUGGCACGUCGAUGCUAGGAUCAACGUCUCUCGCCGUGAUGGACAUUCCUCCAGGCCACGAAGCGCCUCAUGAAAUCAUCCGCGACCUGCGGGAUCGCUCUCUGAGCUCUGUUUCGCCCGGCCAGCUCACUCUGUCGUGCAUCUUGUUGCCCCUCGGUCAGCCUUUUGUCUGGCCCGAUCGGCUGGCAGCCGAACACUCUGCCGCGCCUUCUGCCGCCGUUCCUGCCGCUGGGCUUGCUGCCACACCAUCCUCCUCACAAGCCCGUGCUCGGCCAGUUUCAAUGGUGGUGGCUCCGUCCACGCGUCCGACAGAUUCGAGGCGAACCAGUGUUGGGGCCAGCUCGCGCCCGGCAUCUGCUGUCUCUCAAAGUUCGGCCGUCAGCGCUGGCACCGUCGCAUCAACGUCGGCCGCUCCCCCGCCGGAUGCUUCGCAAUUCCCUUCGCCCGCGAGCCGUCCAGGGCUUCCGCCAGGCUGGGAGAUGCGGGUAGAUGCUCAAGGCCGCCCAUACUAUGUCGAUCACACGACCCGCACAACCUCGUGGGAGCGCCCGCUUUGGGACUACUCUACUGGUGCUGCUGCUGCUGCUGCACCGGCGCCACAUGUUGGCACCGGUCAGGCAUCGGCCGCUGCCCAUCCCGCUCUUACAACACCCGCUCGCCCUCCACCACCGAAUGCAGCUGCUUUGUCUGCAGUCAAUGCUGCCAGUGCUGCUGCCCCGUCUUCCACCACCACCACCACCACUACCACCGCCGCCGCUGCAGCCGCGGCACCUCUCCCGCCAGGAUGGGAAGAGCGUGUCGAUCCGCAAGGCCGCGUCUUUUACGUGGACCACAACUCUCGCACAACCAGCUGGGCACGACCCUCGGCUCAGUCUGUGGCCGAGUACAACCGCUGGCAAGAAUCGCAGCAAGCAAUCAUGUCUCAGGCUCGCGAGCAGUUUUCACACCGUACGCUUGGCGCCUCGCCCAAUCCCUCGUCUCAGAGCCAACAACAACAACAACAACAACAUGCAGGGACAUCGUCUUCAAGCGCUCCGAUGCCAGUUGCUGGCGCCACCACUGCCCCAGGCAGCGAGACUGCGCCGGUCGCUGCAUCACCCUCCGCUGCAUCGCCUUCCGCUGCAUCAACGGGCACUGCUGCAGGCACAAAUACCAAUCCUCUGCCUCAUGGUUGGGAGCAGCGCACGAGCCCGACUGGUCGCGUCUAUUUCGUCAACCACAGUACCCGCGUGACACAAUGGGAGGAUCCGCGGCUCUCUCAGCAACAGCAGCAGAUGGCCAUGUUGCAGUUCUUUAACAGCAUGAUUCCCGCUCUGGAGGUGUCCACGCUGCCCUUCCCGCCCAAUUGGGAGCAGCGAUUCACCAACGACGGACGGCCGUACUAUGUCGAUCACUCGACGCGCUCAACUACGUUUGAGGAUCCUCGACCAAAGUUCUACCAACCCACCGGCGAGGCAAGCGCGACAACUGCGCCCCAAUACGAACGACAGUUCCGAAUGAAACACACUGGCUUCCGCAGCCGGUUGCAGAGCCUUGCCUUCCCUGGCGAAUGCCGUCUAUUCAUGUCGCGAGAGCGACUCUUUGAUGAUUCCUUCAAUCAGGUCAUGGCCCAGCCUCCGUUCGAGCUUCGUCGUCGGCUCAUGGUCAAGUUCCACGGCGAAGAGGGUCUUGAUUACGGUGGCCCUGCGCGCGAAUGGUUCUUCCUCUUGUCCCACGAUAUGUUAAAUCCCAACUACUGUUUGUUCCGCUAUGCUGCCAGCAACAACUACACGCUGCAAAUCAACCCCGACUCUGGUAUCAACCCAGAGCAUCUCGAGUACUUCCGAUUUAUUGGCCGAGUGGUCGGCAUGGCUGUCUUCCAUGGCAAAUUUAUUGAUAAUGGCUUUUCGCUUGCCUUCUACAAGAUGAUGCUGGAUCGGCCCGUUGUGCUUGCAGACAUGGAGGCGGAAGACGUCGAGUAUUACAAUUCGUUGCGGUGGAUUUUGGAUAACGACAUUGACAACGCCGACUACGACCUUGAUUUGAGCUUCACGGUUGAUCAUGAAUCCUUUGGUGUCGUUAACACUGUCGAAUUGCGUGAGAAUGGCGCCCAAACCCGAGUAACAGAAGAAAACAAGAAGGAGUACAUUCAAGCCAUGGUUGACUGGAGAGUGCGCCGAGGAAUCAAAGACCAAUUCCAGUCGUUCAUGUUUGGAUUCAAUGAGAUCAUCCCGCCUCAGCUUUUGGGCAUCUUUGACGAGAAAGAGUUGGAACUGCUUAUCUGCGGUUUGAAUGAGCUGGACGUUGCUGAUUGGGAAGCCAACACCAUCUACCGUUCGUACACGCCAACAAGCAAACAAGUCAAGUGGUUCUGGCAGGCUGUGCGGUCGUUUGAUGCCGAGACGAAAGCGCGUCUUCUCCAGUUUGUCACAGGCACAUCUCGGGUUCCCAUGGGCGGAUUUAAGGACUUGCAAGGUGCCAACGGUCCUCAAAAGUUCUGCAUCGAAAAGACCGGAUCGCCGGAUUCGCUUCCCCGCAGUCACUCGUGCUUCCAUCGCCUCGAUCUGCCUGCGUACAGGACUUACGAGCAGCUCGUGUCCAAACUCCGAUUUGCUAUCGACGAGACUAGCGGAUUUGGCAUCGAAUAGUGGAGCAUUCCAUUUGCUGUGACAGAUGUGGAUUGAACAACAUGGAUUGGCCAUGGCUCUGCGUGAUGUUGUAUUUCUAUUGUUGCAAGAAUGUGGUUAUUUUUUUUUCUCUUUUCGUUUGCUGUUCAAAAUUCAAGGCGAGCAACC